UUCCUUUGGUAUCUUAAAUAGAGCGGACCACAGUAUGCUGCUGCUGCUCCUGCGAUGCUCGCCCCUAUAGCAAUAGUUGAUACUAUAUGGUUUUUGUUAGCGCUGUGUUUUCUAAUAGCCCUUUGUCUCCAGAAAUAUUCUCUGAAACUGCCGCGCAGCCUCGAAUACGUGUUUCAGGAUUUAAUCCGAUAUGGAAAAACUAAAGAUCACAUCAAGCGCUCAAACUGGCAGCUCGUUUUUGACAUAUCAAAGAGGUGUUUCUAUCAUUUCUAUGCGGUGUCGGUCGUGUGGAACGGGCUCCUCCUACUAUUGUCCUUGCGCUGUGUCGUCAUGAACGAGCCUCUACCUGAUUGGUUAAUUGACGCUCUUUGCUUUUUGACUGGCAGACCAAGAGCUGCUUGGAAUGAGUUACAUCUCUCCGUUCUGCUUUUACAAGUGCUACUAUGGGUCCAUUCCCUUAGACGGCUAUUGGAGUGCUUGUUUGUCAGCGUAUUUUCUAAUGGUGUGAUCCAUGCGGUCCAGUAUGCUUUUGGUUUGUGCUACUAUGUCCUACUUGGACUAACUGUCCUGUGUAUAAAUUCGUCUUUGCCACGUUCAGGGUCUCUUGUUAAUCAGCUCACAUGGCAUCAUGUAAUCGGGAUUCUGCUUUUCAUCUGGGCAUCACUCGUCCAAAACCAGUCCCUCUCUCUGCUGGCCAAAAUGAGGACCGACAGCUCAGGUAAAGUAGCAACUCUGGCCCACAAGAUGCCACGCGGGGGCUGGUUUGAGCUGGUCUCUUGUCCGCAUUACCUGGCUGAGCUUUUGAUUUACGUUGCUAUGAAUGUUUGUUGUGGCUGCAGUUCUUUAACCUGGUGGCUGGUCGUACUGUAUGUACUCUGUAACCAAGCCCUGGCUGCACACCUCUGUCACGAAUACUACAGGAGCAAGUUUGAGACUUAUCCACCUAAACGCAAAGCUUUUAUUCCUUUUCUCCUGUGAAUUAUUAUUUUUUAUUUUUUUUUUACAUGAUAAGCUCUUUUAUUUGUAAAUAAGUAUCAAAUUAAUAAAGUAUUAACAAAACAUAGACGAUAUUAAUGUCUUUCUUUUAAACGGUAACA